UCAGUAGUCUUGGCUUUUGUUAUGCAAAUCUACUGGUAAUCGUUCUCAUUCUUUCAAACUGGAAUUUUCAGCACCUUAUUUCUUCUUUUGAGUUUACUUUUACUCUAACUUCUAUGAAUUACUACGUCACUAUAGUCAUUGGAUUCAUUGUAUGUUUACAACAAAAAAAAAGUUUGGCUGCCGUGCUGUCGGCGCGAUGCAGAAGUCGCUGCCUUGCAAAGCAGGAGGUCGAAACACAUCUUAAUAUCACAUGGAUUUCUGAAUGUGUAACAGAGGACUGUUCAGCAUGUAUGAAACCAUGUGAACAAAGAAGAAAAAAAGAAAAGCUAUCAUGUGUAUCCAUUUGUGGGCCACCUGUUGUACCAGUGAAAAAUGGAAAUGCAUGCAGGGAGUCCUGUAGAUUUUUAAAGUGGAUGCAUACUGAGGGUGAUAACUCUUCCUGUCCAAUAGCAUCAACAAAAAGUCAAUGUGUGUUGAUGCAACCUGAAAAUGUGGAGGUGGAGGUCUCUUCUAAUGACCAUUCUCAGAACUUUUCUAUCAAGUGGAAUGGCUCUUGGCCAACUGCAACAGUUUUUAUUGUCUCAACAAGAAAGCAGACAAAAGGAAAACAAUUGGACAAGGAUGUUUCACACGACUGGGAAGAAUUGAUACAGACUUCCCACACUUCAGUUGAAGUUCAACCAGUGCCGCUACUUUGGCACCAGUAUAAAGUGCUAGCAGUGACACAGUAUGGUUCAAGUUCCUUCAGUAUCCCAAGUAAAUUGAUCUUUGCAAAACCACUAAGGCCACAGCCACCAAGAAAUUUUCAUGUGGUGUCCAUGUACAUUAUCAAAGACCUUGUUCAGGUUGAGGUAUCAUGGAAGAAGCCACUUAACACCAUUGCUCUACCCAUUCACCGAUACAGACUGCAGUGGAGCUUAAGACCAGACAUCCAUUUGGAUGAAUUCAUUUCUUUGCAAGUCAGAGAUAAGAGAUUAAAAGGAACGAUACACAAGUUUACAAUAAGCAACCUGCAGCCCAAUCGCACUUAUGUGCUUGAAUUACAAGCAAUCUGUCGUUACGAGAACAGAAGGUUGAGAAGCAAGCAGGUGACUGUGAGAAUACAGACACCUACAGUGGCAGAAGUGAUGGAAACCAAAAAAGUGAAGAAAACUGAGAUCAAAAGGAAUAAAAUAAACAAUUUCCUGAAGAAAGUUACCAGUAGACUUCCUGACAGACCCAUAACAGUGACAAGCAUGCCAGGAAUUAGUUCUGCAAAGUUGAGCUCAACACUGCAGUCACUAGCCAUGAACUCCACAUUCAAAAGUUAAACACAAGAAAGUGGUGCUGGAUUAACAAGUAUAACACUACUGUUGUUAAAAAUUAAUAUAGAGAUAGCUCUGAUUUUUAUCAUGUGGUAGCUCUGAUCUGGUCAUUUAAAGAUAUGUAGUGUAGAUGUAGAUAGCUUUCUACCAAUCAUUCUGAAAACUCUUACUCUCCAAGUGGGUUGGGAUUUCCUCCCAAAUCACUGGUUGCUAAAAAAGACAGUUGAUCUUUCCACCUGAAUUGUGGAACUGAUGAGAUCUGUUUCAUCAUCACUGUGAGUGAAUUGCAUGCUACAAAUUCAUUGUAGCACAUACCCAGUAAACGAAAAACAAAUAUACAGUUUUGAAGUAGUAAAUUGAUUGAUGUAGCUCAAUGACUUUUAAACAAGAAUGAUAUUAUAUUUGCACUUCAAACCCCGAAAAACCUUCAAUUUGAAGAUUAUUUGGCUAGAAAUGAGGUACAUUAGGCUAGGUGUUUCAAAGUUAAAAAAAUGUAAGGAAAGGGAGUGUUCAGAGUAAAUAUCUAAAAAGAGAAAAUUCCAGGAUAUUGAUGAACUUUUGAGAAUUCUAUUAUUAAUAUGUAAUAGUUCAUUAUAUGGGAGUUGCUUGAAUACAAUUUAGAGUGUAGCAAACUAGACUUUGCCUCUGUAAAUAGUUGAAAAGUCACAGUUUAUUUUUUUUUAUAAACAGAGCAUCAUUAUAUUUGUAUUUAUGACCCAGUUUAUAUUAUACUAUUUUGUAUUCGUAAAUUUUCAUUUCACAUGUGAGGCUGCAGAUACUAGUGAUUUAUUUAAUAGAAAAGGAAAUUGGUUCUUCAACUUGUAUGAUCUAUUUCUGUGACUCACAUGAAUGGCUCUGGAAAUUCUAUAAAGUACUGAAAUUUUUGUUGGUAUCUUUUUCACUCUGUGUCAAGAUAGUAGUAGUAAUUGAUGUACUGGUUGUGUUUGACAGAAAGCUGUUGGAGUACUCUAAAAUUGUGUUGCUAUGAUUGAGGGCUGUGCUGUAUGGCACAAUCUCACUGCUGGACAGUGCAGUGAUAGAGGAAAAUACAAAUUUUACAUGACCUGCAAUUGGAUUGCUAAGGGUAAAUAAUAUUUUUAAACUCAACCCCUCAGAGAGGUGUCGAAACAUCUUUUCUUUCUUAAGAUGUAUUUAUGCCGGUUCAGAAGGGAAGGUCAUAAAGGGUGGUGAAAAAAUUAGACUGUAGAGCCUGAAAAUCGUUUAUUGGUUCAAGACUUUCUCAGGGUCAUUUUAGGAAAAUUGUUAUCUCUAAGAAUGCAAGAGGGACCCUGUUAAUGGUCUUGGACAGUACUGAACCACUCUCCAGACCGCCGUGUAAACUAAAUACAGCUGAAUUGUUGUUGUUGUUGUUGUUGUUGUUGAUUUUCUUCUAAAGUACUCAAUAACUAUGCUAUACUUUUGCGUUUUGUAAUAAAAACUUGUCAUUUUACAAAAACUUCUGGAAAACGGAAAAAGUGUCUUCAAAUAAAGAUCUAUUUUUGUUUGUCCUC